AUGUCAACUGAAAGAGAACUUACUCCAGGGGGGCCUACUGCCCUACCACCUCAAAUUUCAAUACAAGAUCUUAACUCAAUUCGUAUUAACACAGCCGUUAGCAUGCUGGGAAAAGCUUACGAGUCUUCAUGGACAUCUUCUCCACCACGACCCCCGAGCCCUUCUCAGCCGCAGACCAGCUUUGAUACACUUUCACCUCCUCCCCCGGGCAGCACAGUAGGCCCUAGUAGUGGUGUGACACAAACAGGUUCUGCAACUGUUCCGACGGGAUCUUUAGGCCUUGUGCCUGCCAGUGCAACACAUCAACCACCCGCACCUCCAGAAUUACCAGUAUUUUCAUGUCCACGUCGACCAAAUUUGGGCCGCGAGGGCAGGCCAAUUGGUCUUCGGGCUAAUCAUUUUCAAAUAACUAUGCCAAGGGGAUUUGUACAUCACUAUGAUAUUAAUAUACAGCCAGACAAAUGUCCAAGGAAGGUGAAUAGAGAAAUCAUAGAAACUAUGGUGCAUGCAUACAGUAAAAUAUUUGGAACUUUAAAACCUGUAUUUGAUGGCCGAAAUAAUUUGUACACGAGGGAUCCUCUUCCAAUUGGCAAUGAUAGAGUGGAAUUGGAGGUGACACUACCUGGGGAAGGAAAGGAUAGAGUUUUUAGAGUUACCAUAAAAUGGGUGGCACAGGUGUCUUUGUAUGCUUUAGAAGAAGCACUAGAAGGACGCACUAGACAAAUUCCAUAUGAUGCUAUUUUAGCAUUGGAUGUAGUUAUGAGACAUUUACCUUCAAUGACAUACACACCAGUUGGAAGAAGUUUUUUUAGCUCACCCGAUGGUUAUUACCAUCCUCUGGGUGGUGGCCGUGAAGUUUGGUUUGGUUUUCAUCAAAGUGUUCGACCUUCACAGUGGAAAAUGAUGCUUAAUAUUGAUGUAUCUGCAACAGCUUUUUAUAAGGCUCAGCCUGUCAUUGAGUUCAUGUGUGAAGUUCUUGACAUAAGAGACAUUAAUGAACAAAGAAAGCCUUUAACAGAUUCUCAGAGAGUUAAAUUUACAAAAGAAAUUAAAGGGCUUAAAAUUGAAAUUACUCAUUGUGGCACAAUGAGACGCAAAUAUCGUGUUUGUAAUGUAACUAGAAGGCCAGCACAAAUGCAAUCAUUUCCACUGCAAUUAGAAAAUGGACAAACAGUAGAAUGUACUGUAGCAAAAUAUUUCUUAGACAAGUAUAAAAUGAAACUACGCUACCCACACCUGCCUUGCUUGCAAGUCGGACAAGAACACAAACAUACAUAUUUACCACUGGAGGUAUGCAAUAUUGUAGCAGGGCAACGAUGUAUCAAGAAAUUAACUGAUAUGCAGACAUCCACAAUGAUUAAAGCAACUGCUCGGAGUGCACCUGAUAGAGAGAGGGAAAUCAAUAAUUUGGUGCGUCGAGCAGAUUUCAAUAACGAUUCUUAUGUUCAAGAAUUUGGUUUAACAAUAAGCAAUAACAUGAUGGAAGUUCGAGGGCGUGUUUUACCACCACCAAAACUGCAAUAUGGGGGCAGAGUUUCACUUCUAAGUGGCCAAAUGGUACCUUGUUCACAGAGUAAACAACAAGCACUGCCUAAUCAAGGAGUGUGGGAUAUGAGAGGAAAGCAGUUUUUUACGGGUGUUGAAAUACGUGUGUGGGCCAUUGCCUGCUUUGCCCCUCAGAGAACAGUUCGAGAAGAUGCUUUAAGAAAUUUUACACAACAAUUACAGAAAAUAUCAAAUGAUGCUGGUAUGCCUAUUAUAGGACAACCGUGUUUCUGUAAAUAUGCAACAGGGCCUGAUCAAGUUGAACCUAUGUUUAGGUAUCUUAAAUCUACAUUUUCGGCUUUACAAUUAGUUGUUGUAGUUUUGCCAGGAAAGACACCAGUUUAUGCUGAAGUGAAACGAGUUGGUGAUACAGUUUUGGGAAUGGCAACUCAAUGUGUUCAAGCUAAAAAUGUAAAUAAAACAUCUCCACAAACAUUAAGUAAUUUAUGUCUGAAAAUUAAUGUUAAAUUGGGUGGUAUAAAUUCUAUUUUAGUUCCAUCUCUCAGACCAAAGGUAUUUAAUGAACCAGUUAUAUUUUUGGGUGCGGAUGUAACUCAUCCACCUGCUGGAGAUAAUAAAAAACCAUCAAUAGCUGCUGUAGUAGGCUCUAUGGAUGGGCAUCCAUCUCGUUAUGCAGCUACUGUUCGAGUUCAACAACAUCGUCAAGAAAUUAUUCAAGAACUUAGUUCGAUGGUUAGGGAACUGCUGAUCAUGUUCUAUAAAAGUACUGCAGGAUAUAAGCCACAUAGAAUUAUAUUAUACAGAGAUGGAGUAUCAGAGGGCCAAUUUUUGCAUGUUUUACAACAUGAAUUGACGGCUAUUCGUGAAGCUUGUAUUAAAUUAGAAUCAGAAUACAAACCUGGAAUAACAUUUAUUGUUGUGCAAAAAAGGCAUCACACUAGACUUUUUUGCUCUGAUAAGAAAGAACAAUCAGGGAAGUCAGGUAAUAUACCAGCUGGUACCACAGUUGAUGUUGGCAUUACCCAUCCAACAGAAUUUGAUUUUUAUCUAUGCAGUCAUCAAGGCAUUCAGGGUACUAGUCGUCCCUCACAUUAUCAUGUAUUAUGGGAUGAUAAUCAUUUUGAUUCUGAUGAGCUGCAGUGUCUUACCUACCAACUAUGCCACACUUACGUUAGAUGUACACGUAGUGUUUCAAUACCUGCCCCAGCAUAUUAUGCUCAUCUAGUAGCAUUUAGAGCUAGGUAUCAUUUAGUGGAAAAGGAGCAUGACUCUGGAGAAGGAUCACAUCAGUCUGGAUGCUCUGAGGAUCGUACACCUGGCGCUAUGGCAAGAGCAAUAACAGUACAUGCCGACACCAAGAAAGUAAUGUAUUUUGCUUAAUUCAGGUAAGUAUGUUUAUAGGAAUCACACUUAAUUUUAUUGAGUAGUUAUUAGUCAGUAUCCAGUUUUGAAUACUAAACUUUUACAUGCUGAUUUGAAUUAUUUAUUUGAUAGAUUUUAUUCAAAUGAAAAAUAUAAU